AAAAAAGAUUACUGAGUGGAGUAAAACAAAUUGGCGCCAAAACGUGUUCUGCUCUGUGACGUAGAUGGAAUGAAGUGGAGAGAGUUCUGUGCGAGCCUAUGGCUGCGAAGUUCCACUGUCAGAACGAAGGGCGGGGCCUGGAGAUGUCAUUCAACCACUGACUGACAGAACUAUUACAAACGUGCACCCGAGACCUAUUAUGUAUGAUGGCAGAAGCCGGCGAACCCGUACUUUUCACUAAAGUAACGGUUUAUUCUCUACUCGCAUGCGUGGCUCAAUUUGCUGUCGGGUUUGCUUUCGCGCAAAAAUGGGGGAAUAAAUGUUCAGCUGUUGAUCGGUGGGUCCUCGUGUGGUUAUUUUACGACGCAAUAGUUCAUUUUACACUGGAGGGACCCUUCGUCUACAUGUCACUUGUUGGAAAUGUAGCAACUUCUGACAAUCUAUUGGCAGAACUAUGGAAAGAAUAUGGCAAAGCAGAUGAGCGGUGGUUAUACUCAGACCCGACAAUAGUAUCUCUAGAGCUUCUGACUGUGGUUUUAGAUGGUUCUUUGGCCCUGCUUCUGGUCUACGCCAUCAUUAAAGACAAACACUACAGGCACUUUGCUCAGAUCACGCUGUGCGUGUGCGAGUUGUACGGGGGCUGGAUGACCUUCUGUCCAGACUGGUUAAUCGGAAGCCCGAACCUGAACACCAGCAGCUGGCUGUACCUGUGGGUCUAUCUGGUGUUCUUCAAUGGGAUCUGGGUGGUGGUGCCUGGGCUCCUCCUCUGGCAGUCAUGGAGGGAUUUAAGAAGAAUGCAUCAGUAUCCAAAGAAGAAGAACAGAUAAACUCAGAAGAAGUCUGAAAAUUAGUAAUUAACCGUAUAAUCAUUGCAGUUAUAAUUAGCCUUUGAAACUCAACAGAAUGAGAUGUAGAGAGGGUGUGAUGCAGUUGAUUAUUAUACACAUUUAUUGCGUACACAGGGGAACGGUUGUCAAGCGUAUCUUUGCAUAAUUGCUGUGAUAAAGACACAAAGGAAGCUCACACCAAACCACUGACUCAUAGCUACUACUAUCUGCAUUCCUGUCUAUGACACCUAACACUGAAUGCCUUGUCACAGCACCUCUUUUACAUCAAUUUUGGGUCAUGUUUCCCUGCUAAUCCUCCUCACCAAACUACCUUAUCCAGAUGACUAUAAAUAGUUAUGUCAGUUUAUGUUUCAUCACACCCAUUUACUUCUCCUUAAUAUAAGGAUGAAUCAUGUUUCUUUUUACACAGACUCUGCUAUUGAGCUGGCUGUUUUUCUUGCCAAGUUAUGACAGCAUAAUAGGUGACCUGCUAUAUUUUGGUCAUAGUCAGUCAGUUAUUUGCAGGUCUGACCAAGAAAUAAGUUAAAAGAAUUACUUCAUCAUUGUAAUUUCACAUGCUAAUUUGCUGCACAGUUUAGGCAUUGUAAUUUCACUACAGCUUCAUGUGUAAAUAAUAACACAGUUUCAUUCUUUUAUAGGAAAUACUUUGAAAUAAGGUUCCAUUUGUUAAAAUUAGUUAACUACAUUAGUUAACACAUGUCUAAAACAUUUAUUAAUCUGAUAUACUGAUAAUUAAACCUGCUGUUCAUAACUUUUUUUUUUGGUUAAAAAUUAUCCAGAAUUAAUUUUUGAGCAUGUACAUAACCAGCCAGUGUUCAAAACUAUCUCCUUAUCUUAGUCUGAUUCACAACGGUAAGCUUGUAAUAAUG